GUAGCCAACUAGGUUAGUGCUGGUGUGACGGUGAGAGCGGCAUGACACCAUCACCAACAUCCCAACCAACCACUAAAACAUACCGCAGCAGCAAACAUCCAUUUGUAGUACCAGCUUGGCACACGAGGACAUGUGUAUGCAGUCGGAGCGGGAUUAGCAGCAUAAGCUUUCGAGUGCUGGAAUCGGGAUUCGGUUUUAUGGUUUCCGGACAAAUUUUUCCUACCUGGAGCUCUUUUGGUUGUGUUCCGUCUGUACCGUUUGAAGUGUAAUGCAUAAGUGAAAUUAGUUGCUACAAUGUACUAUGUUGCUGCAUAAUCUACGAAGCGUUUUUAUAUCAAUUGUGAGCUACCGUUGCAACCAUACAUCGAUAGCUGCAAAAUAUAUAUUUUGUUUAAUUUACUAUUAUGCUCUCUUCUUUUCGAUGUACAAUUUCGAGGUUCACUGGAAUUAAAAAGCAAUCCAUUUGAAAGGCACAUUUACUUAAUGUGAAGGGUAAGAUAUGGUUGAAACGAGCUGACCCAACACACUUUUGUGCCAAAAUUGAUACCACCGGAUUUGUGCUGGAUGGUUUUGUUCUUCUGUUUUUUUUGUUCGUUCCCACUUGACCGCAACCUAAAGAGGUGGUGCUAAAGUGUGUUGAAUGAUGCUUCCAGUCCACAUCGACAGGCGCGCGCACACAGGAAUGAAAAGUCUGCCUUUUCUACCAGAUCGCUUUCACUGUGUGCAAGCAAAGUAACUGCUGAUGGUGCCAAAAUGGUGCUUUCUUUUCCGUUUUCCACUCCUCGUCGACACCCGACUCUCGCUGUUGCUACGUGGUAAAGAAAAUCCGGCUUCGUUUGCAGGCAGUGAAGCGAGAAAACUCGCUCACAAUGUAAUAAAUUACGAUAACAAUACAAUUUAAUACAUCAAAUACGUUAUGAACGGAGGGCCACCGCCAGUCAAGUGAGGAGGAUGCAUAAAACUGGUCACACUGAUGCCGAACGAUGCCCACCAAAUGGCAAGCAAAUAGUGCAAAACACUACUGUGAGCGGUAGUGGAUAGGGCAGAUAUACCACGAAGCGGGAACUGUGCCACCCUGUGUGUGGCCCAAGCGGCAGUUCCAAAACGGCGGCAUCGCUCUUCUCCAUCCGCGUCGCCGAGAUCGAGAACUUUCUACAUAAUCAUAAUCAUAAAUUUGUUGCACUUAAUACAGCACGGGACUCAGCGCCAGUGCUCAAGGGUGUGUGUGUGUGUGUGGGUCGAAUUCCCGGAUACCAAGCGUAUGCUGUUAGGUUCGAGUGCAAAAGUUCACUCGUAAGCGGUUAGAGCUGCAUAUCAUACCCGCGUCGUCGUCCGCUGUGUGCCGCUGAAUCAAAUGUCCCAUCUCCCCUCUCUCCACACGACAUGAUGGCCACACAUUUUAUGGUCAUGUUCUGGUGAGUGUUCGCGUGCAAAGUCUAGCCAUUCGCUGCGGUGGUUGGGUGGUUUUGAGACGGGCGUUCGCUCGGUUGGCCAUGAGAAAAUUGAUGGUUUUCGGUGGAAUGGACUUUAGAGAGCGAACGGAGGAGAUGGCGAUAUAUAUAUGUACGAAGUGGUUUUGCUCUGGUGGUUGAAAUUAUGAAACUUAUGAGCGUGAGAGAUAGAUUUAUGACACCUACCCUAGUGAUUAGACAAGCCAUUUCCCUGGGCUAACUGUGUAAGCGUUUUGGACAGUGUUGUCGUGACUUGAACUGGGUGUGAUAAUCAAGAUCAAUUCAGAAAAGACUAGUUUUCGGUUCUUUAUGCAAUAGCAAUAGCAAUAGCAGCCGAACACUGAGAAAAUAGAUUAUUAUUUCAAGUACAUCAGUUUACAAUUAAAAAUUUACAGCCUUUAAAAUUCAAAAUUUAUAAUAUUUCGAUGUUCCCAAAAAAUAUUAUUUAAACUGAAAUAUGUUAUUAACCUAUUAACCUUGAUAGCGGUAAAUGUGAAAAGGUUUUCAAGGCAUGAAUAGAAAUACAAUGCAUCUCAUGUUAAUUUAGAAGGAUAUCCCAAAUUUGUCGUGAAUUCCAAUGCUUCUCGGAAUGAUGGUAUUUUUCAUACCAUUUUUCAUAGCAACUUCCCAUAAGGGAAGUUAACUUUAUAUGAUGGGAAUUGGACUCCAAGCCACCAUUUUUUGGACGGGCUUAUUCGUAACCCAACAAUAAUUUCUAAUGUGUUUGCAACUGUAAAGGGUUCCGUAGAAUUCAAUUCCCUUCCAAAAAGAUCACUACCAGUAAGAAAGUGUCAUGAGAAUGUUCUAACGUUAUGAUAAUCUGCAUUGAAACCCCUGCAAACGAUACCCUAGAAACAAGCUAUUACCUACUGCUAUACAAAGCUUCAUAAAAAGAGCAACUACAAACGAAUAGACGAGGAUGAAACAAUGUGAUCUAUCAGUUUUUGUGCGUGUAUUUUACAUUACGCGCGUUGGCCUUCACCAUUUUUAGCUGCUCGCAAGCACUUCCGCUAUUGCACCGUACCGGGUGAUAGUUUCCAUCGUAUGUCCUCUCGCAGUUAACUCCCCUACACGUCCUAGCACGAAGUACAACGCUUUGCAGGCCCCUUUCUUCAAAUGUAGCUGCAAAAGCACAGUGGUCGGUGCAAAAUCAUGAACACCACCACUACCACCCCUUGCAAAAGACCCCACUGGGCGCUUCGUGUUCGUCCAAACCAAGGGCCAUUGGGGGAGACUCUCCCCAACUUCCGUGUUGCGCUCGCUUUGUUCACAUCCGGCAAACAUUUUGUUGCACAUUGCGCGUGGCUUUGUGUCAGAUGCAACGAAUGGUCCACGUUGGGUGUGUGUGUCUGCAUCUUCUCACGAAACUGAAAUUUUUGUGUGCAUCUCGGUAAAUGCGAGGUGAAGGUUCAGCUGUUGAUGUAUCUAGCGAUGUACGUGUAUGUGUGUUUGAGGUGCACUUCAUAUCCUUCGCUUUCACCCCAUUUUUCUAACGACUCUCUGUGUGUUCGAUGGUGGUGGCUAUGUGAGCACCAUCUCCCGCUCGUUGCUUCUUUGGCAAUGAUCAGUAAUGAUGCCGAUGCUGCUGCUACAUCGGUGGCCGCCGAUGACGAUGAUGAUGGUUAUGGUGUAGACUAGAUGCAUGGUUCACUCGAUGGUGUCAUGGUGUGUUUCUGCUUGCAUGUUUCCCAACGACCGACAGAACGGAACACACCCGACAGGCAUCGGCAUAAAGGAUCAAGGCGCACGGGGAUCCAACCCACAUGCCGACAGAAGGAGGAACGAAGAUGGGGUUGGCGUUAGUACGCCAUGAGGAUUGCAUCAUUGCAACCAGCAUACGGGAUGUGCCAGUUAGCGAAAAGGCAACAGCAGUGAGAGAGAGAGAGAACGAGCAAAGAGACUGUAAAUAUUUUUCCACAGAUUGUGCCCCCUUUUUUUCAAAAGCGUCUCUUCAUCCAAAAGCUCCAGCAAAUCUCGUUCCACACGUUCCUUCCUUUUCGUUUCCGGCAGUGGUGUUCUGUUGGCCAGCCGCAACAUUUUCACACAUCGUAACUUUAAGCAUUCCAUACUGGUGUACACUACAGCUACCCUUUUGCUCUCCCACUUUUUUGUCCUUGCGGAUGAGGGAAAGGAAGAACAAAAUGCUUGCGUACACAACACACACACACCGCUGUUCCCCCCUAUCAGCACACAGCAGUGAAAUCGAUGAUCGUAUGUUGCAUUUUAUUCGAUACAUCAGCUCACAGGAGCGGCAUCUAAUCGAACGAUACAUUCUUACCGGAUGUUCCCUUCCAUUAGUUCCGGACCAAAGCGGACGAUGGAGCGCGGUAGCGGAGGCGGUGGUGUAUGAAAAUACAUUCCACUUUUCCUAGGAUGCAUCGUGCUUCCGUGUUCCACCGUGCACUGGUGGAAGCACAUACACACCCCUCAGGGAUAGAGAAGGAAAGAGCAUGGUGGGGAAAAAAACUUAAAACUAAAAUUGAACCACCCAUACAUGGACGGGGAGGGAUGCAUGUGUGUUGGGACUAUUAUGCAUUCAGCUGCUGCUGGUUCGAAGCCGCAACAACAACCACACGAAGUAACCGCCUCGGCUCCACAAGCCAUGCCGCCUGCCAGCCACUUCGUCGCACUUCCUUUUCACCAUACUUAACACCGCUUAGCCUGUUUCGAAUGCACUGGCACCGCCCCCUGUUGGGUUGGUGUUUUAUUUUUUUUCCUAUUCUUCUCCUAGGGAUGAUUGUUGCUAUCCUCCGUUCGCUUACAACGUAACACAGCAGCAGGGGAAGUAAGAGCAACGUGUUCCGGUAUAUUAAUGCAUUUUAGGAUGCAUUCCGCUUCUCGCAACCUCACGGACUUUUUGCGGGGCGACAGGGACCGGUUGAAAGGACGGCACAGACAGACAGACACACAGUCAGACAACUCUUGUAGCUCUAGGCGAACACUGUUCGGGAACACUGCCGGCACAAAACCACAUCCGAUGUUUCUAAGUGCACCCGGUGCACCCAGGCAACCACUCAGAAUUGUUCCGGGUUUUUUGGAGAAGCAGAAUGGCGCAGCAGGUUGGGGUGUAGUAGGCAGCGCACACACACUCGUACGUGGAAAACUGGUUCGUUUCGUGUGCCGAGAGUACGAAAUGUUUCAGCAUAUCUGCUUCUGGGUGUCUGGGAAGGAUGCACGCUGCGAGAUACGAAAGUGGGGAGGAAAGGUGCUUGUAGAUUCUUUUGCCCUUUCUUUCCGUGGUGCCCGAACCCAGGAGUCAGCACCCAGGCACACUUUAGUGAAUCUUUCGGAAGAAAUUAGUUUCCUCGGGGGCACUGUGGCGCUUCGUAGCAGCGUAGGCGGCGUGAGGCUAGUGCCUGGGAUUGCACCUCUCGACCAUCUGCGGCUAACCAAGGUUAUGCCGGAACGAUCAAGGAAGGUCAGCUAGGUCUCUCUAUCUCCCUCUCUAUCUCGCACUCGGUAGUAAGAAGUGAUACUACCGCCGGUUGCAGAGCAUCAUCGGUCAGAAGCCACUUCAUAGAAGCGAGCCAGCUUGUUUCGUGAUAAGUGGGUUAGGGCAUCAUCGUCGUACCACUUGUGCGCCGCGCAAGGCAUCUCCCAGCGUUUCGCCACAUUAUGCAGGCAUACCAUCUAUUGGCUUCUAAUCAGCAGCAGUAGCUCCAGUGCAGUAGUAGACGGGGCAAUAGGAGGAAGCACGGGUGCACGGGUCGGUGUAAAUUUACUACCAAGAGCACAUGUUGCCUUUGCGUGUUUCUGUGUGUUGUUUUGGAAGCUUGAUGCGUCUCGCUUUACCAGUCCGUAAGAAGUGGACGUUAAUGGGAAAAGAGGGGGGAUGGCAGGCGGUGUAAGUACCGCAAAAUAUGCUGCCUAAUUGUUUGCACGUGUGUGUGUGUGCUGCAGGUGUGUGCUGAAGGUGAAGGUGAGAACAAGACAGGAUUGCGCACCGGGGCAAAUUUGUUCGUAAUGAAUUUUUCACUUCAGUGUUUGGAUGCAAACCGACAAUUUCCAUUAAUAAUGCUCGCUCUGGCCACUUGUGUGCCCAGAAAAGGCUUGCCAAUUCAUACUCAUAAAUCAUGAAAUCAAAUAAAAAAAUUGCUGCAUCCAAAAUGUAAACGGAGCAGAGAUCGUAAGCUUCCGUCGUCUGGCUGUGAAUGGUGGCCAGCAAACUUUAACCUGCCCUUUUCACGUUCACUUGAUAGGAAGGAUAACUGUUAGGAUGUGAAUACCGAUAUUUACUACCCAUCGGAGGAUGAAAUUGAAAAAAAGAAAGGAAAGCAACAUAUGUGGUAUGUGGUGGUGGUAGUCUUUUAUUGGCUCCGUAGGGAGCAGGCGGGAUGGGGGUGUGUAGCGAGACGUGAUGUAUGCAAAUGGAGAUAAGUUGUAGAUUCAUACAGAAUUCAUAUAUUUUACUGUUCGUUUGUUGUUUCGUUUACUCUUCGUCCCUUCCUCAAAUGCCGGCUUGAGGAUUGAGCGCGCAUAUGGUUGCAGCACGAACUGAAGCGAGAACGAUCGAUGACAGCCAGCCAGUAGAAGAGGUUAUUGGGAAAAUGAUACGAAAUUGUGCAUCUUUGCAUUCCAUUCACCUAGAAACAGCUGCUGCUGCAGUGCUAUGUGGACAGGAAGAGGGAAGCUUUUGAAUGUUUGCCUGAAGCAUCGUUACCAUUCAUGGGCUAUUUGCAUAGAAUAUUAUGCUUGUUCAACAAUGCAUUACUAUCAUUUUUGUUAUUUUUUCUGUUGUUAAUUUACGAUAAAAUUGCUCGCAUGUUUUACUCUAAAAAUGGAUUUUAAAUUUUGAACAUAAAAAUGGGUUUUUGAAUUUUUAUAGCAAUUUAAAACACCCAACAAACCUUACUUUCUGCCGUCUUCCGGUGCAUUUCACGUGUCUCGCCCUUUUACUCAAAGCUUGACACUUUAUUUUCAUUUUUAACUCAAAGCGAUAAUAAUUCAUAAUAACAUUAUUAUGCCCGGCGGGAGAAAUUCAUCAUACGUUUCAUACAUUCUUUUUGCAACAUAUUCCCCAUUAUGUCAUUCGCUCAAUUUCCUCGCUCAGGGGUGCUGCAGGGGUGGGUGUGUCAGUGUCAGUCAGCCAGCCAACCAUUUCAACGCGACUAGUGGACAAUGCAAAUUGACGCACACAGUACUCACACACUGGGCUGUGGCUGGUAGUAGCGAACCUGAAAGAAACAUAAAACUUUAGAAAACGCGAAAUGGCCCCACCGGUCGGGUGCCGUGAUCAUGGACCGCUCGUGUUCGUGGCCAUCCCACUAGCGGCGGUAGUUCGUGUGUACCGUUCGAUGGGGGGUAGUAGCAAUAAUUUUAUUCUUUAUGCAAAUUUAAGCAUAACACCCACCCGUUAUGGAUCGUUCUCAGCGCCGUCAUCUUCAAGUCUCUGCUGCGGUGGCGUACGAGGUGAGGUAGUCAUGGCCUAUGCCCUAGCUGCAACUCGAGCGUCGGUCCAAAAAAAGGUACUCUAAAUGAGAAGGGCACGUCGACUUUCGAUGACGGCUCUUUAAUAUUCUACUCUACGGGGAAAAUCUCCACCAUAGUAGACCAUCGAGUCCCGGUCGUCCUCCCAGUCCCGUUCCGGAAGUGGUUGUAAGUGAUGAAAAUGACGGUGAACAUUUUGACCUCCUCGCGUUCAUCCGACGGCGCACCACUGACGUGAAAGCUGGCGAACGAAUGGAGACGUUUUCUCAACGCGAGUCAAAACCUUUUGCGACCUUCUGCGUUGAGUUGGUUAGUUUGGCGGUAGCAAGAAAAGCGGAACUGGUACGGCUAUUAUUAUUUUACGAGAUUUUCACACCGCCAUUACUGUACACCCGGGCAGAGAGUGUCGUUGGGGAAGAGAAAUGAAUCGUUUCAUUAUUGUAUUUUUUCAGACAGCACAGCGCAUAAAUAUAGCUGUUGGAAUAAGCAAAGCAAAUCAAGUUUAAAUAAUAUACAGGAAAUGAAUGGUGUAAGGUAAACAAUUACAUCUAGGUUAACCUCCUUCUGACGUACACACAGUUUUGCUGUAUUCGUUUAACAAAAUAAAAAUAAUAAAACCCUCCCAUACAUCCGAGUUGCAAAAAGCCGAAAUGGAGUGGAAUGAAGGUGUCUGGUCUUAAUUAUUUUGCCCUUGAUACUCAUUGUACCGUAGGCUGUAUUUGCUGGUUUUAGUAUUCUUUACUACAGCGUCUCUGUACAUUCCAUAAAAUAAUGCGUACAUAUCAGCAGACGAUGGAAGCGCCCAGCCUCUCAUCUAUUGCAGAUGGUAUCUUCGCAGAGUGUAGCGUUCGUUGUGAGUCUGCUACUCGUAAUAUAGCCUUUUUACUGACUGUCGUACAACGACGGAGGGUUUAUAGGAUGAGUUCACCUUUCUUUUGUGGUUGGUUGCUGCAUAAACAUGCGGUGGUAACAAGUAUAUGUGGCAUUUUUCACGCUACUAUAUGUGCGAGGUGAAAGUGUCGGACAGAUGGAGUGCGAUACAUAGAGAGAGAGGCAUACAAUAUAAAACAGGUAGGAUUUUGAUGAGAACAACGGAUAAGGGAUUGUUGAAGAAACUACAAGCUUGAUUCUUUCCCAGUGUGAUUAGAUACAGUGCGAAUAAUGGUAUAAACACUUUGCUCAGAAAAUACCUUUUCUUUUGGUGCGUGUUUUGAGAAAAAAUAAACAGAUCUCAUAAAGAUAUUAAUAUUAUUGCCUGAUGGUUUUCUUCCCGAGGAUUCGUUUUUGUAUUGAGAAAGGGACGAUCCAAAUAACGACCAGUUCAAAUAACACCAUCUGGCGGUGUGUAAAUGUACUGUGUCAUAUUAAGAUUUUAUUUAUUGUGUAAUCGUUACCAAUUGUUUAAACAUUUCCAAAUCUCAAAUGUCUCAUGUUUAAGCAUAGUUUUAAUAAAUCUUUCAUUUAAAUAGGUUUCAAGGUAAUGUUCUAGUAAAGCAUCCUUUAUUGUAUAAUACUCCACACACCUGUAUAAUCAUGCCAAUUAAAACUCAAAGGCAAUAAAUAUGAAUGAAUGUUUUAUGAUAGUACUAGCCUUAAUUAGUACGAUGUACCGAUUUUGCAUUUCUAGAAUUCGAAACGAACUUGUUUAAUUGAACCAAGCAAUCACACUUAUGCAAUAAGCGAAUCCGUUUGAACCUCCGUCUCGGUAGUAAUUGGAACGGGUCGGUUUAAAAUUCUUUGGCUUUCCCUCGGCCCAAGCCAGUACUCUAUCACCAUUGCAGCGAGAAACAUCUCAAGUGCCUGAAAAAUGGAAACCCAUGUCGGAAAGCAACAUUCGCUGGAACGCUUCCAAGCGAUGGUAGCUUGGCAGAACCGUGUACUAGCCCUGUUCGGGUGCUACAUGUAUCUCGGCAAAGAGCGAGUGUCUUACCGCAUCGUGCCGAUCUGCUUUAUGGCCAGCUCCUUCGUCUUGCUGUCGCUGUACAGUGCGAUCCAAGCCUGGGGCAAUAUGGGUCUGGCUGUGCUGAGCAUUGUGGUCCUCUUCUAUGGCAUCGUCGGUGUGACACGGUUGGCGGUAGCGAUCAGCAAUCCAGCCGGUUGCUACCGCUCGAUUCAGAUCGCCGAGGAGAUGUACCAACGUGCUAACGGAUCAAAUCCCGCGGAAUGUAAUGUUCUUGCGAAGUACACCGACCUGUACUGUAAAAGUGUGCAACUGUACACCUUCUUCUUUGUGCUGAGCGUGGUAGUGCUUACGCUGAUGCCCUUUGCGCUAUAUCUACUGCGAGGCGAGCGUUACUUGCCGCUGGGGAUCGUGCUACCCUUUAUUGCUGAAACGGAUGAUUUCGGGUUUUGGUGCACACUCGCCGGGCAGCUGGCGUACAUGUACUCAGGUUCUUUUGGGCUGAUUCCGUCCCAGAACAUAUACUUUGCGUUUGUGUUGAACAUUUGCCUGCAGUACGAGCUGCAGAUUGAGCGGUUGAAGCAGUUGGAUGAAAGGAUUCGAAGCUCCAACACCCCAAAGCUGACCGUGCGCGAUCAGUUGGUGAAGAUCAUUCAGCUUCAGCAAGAGUCCACAAAGUAUGCAACCGGAUCGAGGGUUUCGAAAAAAAAGCAAAAUAUUAAUGCUGGCAUCUUAUUUUACAGCUACAUUACACACAUUGAGCGCUUUUAUCAGCUGCAAUCGUUCGUGGAGUUUCUGUGCAACUCGCUGCAGGUUGCGCUGACGUUGAACGAAUUGCAUCGUAACUUUUGGUUGCCAGGAUUGUUCAUACUACCGAUUGCAGUGAUGCAGAUGCUUAUCCUAUGCUCUUUGGGGACGCUGAUUGAGCUGAAAAGCGAUCAGUUCAAGGAUCAGCUGUACGAUAUAGCCUGGCCCGAGAUGGACCUACCGGAACAGGGCAUGUUCAAGUACGUGCUGAAAAGUGCGCAGCAACCUAAACAACUGACGUGUGGUCGGUUCGCCGUUAUCAAUAUGAAUCUGUUUCUGGCGGUUUGUAUGCGUUGUGUAGGAAUGGUAGACGGCAGCAGAUUGAUGAAGUUAAUGCAAGACGAUGUACGAUUUCGUUUCAGAUUCACAAAAAGAUUUACUCAUUCUUUAUGAUGCUGCAAAACAUGUAGGACAGGCGGACAAGAUGUCGUAGUUUCACUAGUAGCACGAGAUUUUUGCCAGUAAUAAAGCAACACCGGAAUGUACAGAACUGUUGAUGCGUAAACUUCCCUCUACACAAGUCACCGAAAUCAGUUUGAUCUGCAAGUGCGACAGCUCUGUAGUUCCACGGUCCCAUUCCUUCGUUGUAUUUCGCAUAGAUUGUUUUCGGUGUUAUCAAUUCAAUGUACAAAAAAUGGGGAAAAACAAACUUCUCGCCCAUUUCGAGCUGAUUGGAAUUUUGAUCCUACUGCUCGUGCUGGUUCUCGGUGUUUCCCCUUAGCAUCUGGCUGUUAAAUCCUUCAUUUGAUGGCAUUUUUUUUGUUUCUGUUGUUUUCUUUUUGAUUUUGCGUGAACCACACACAAACUCUCAGAUUCGAUUGCAUUUCACUGCGACCAUACCAGCCCAAACCGAGACAUGAUGAUGGUAUGCGCUCGCAUGUACGCCCAGAGCUCGGUCCCGGCUGAUACAUAAACUAACACAACGCAUGGUGGAGCGAUGCGUGCGCUGGAAGGACGGGUAUCUGUGCUCCCCCUUGCCCGUCUCACGUGUGCCGAGCAUUUUUCACCAUCCCCUCCCAUCGGAGGAAAUCGCAUUCGCGCAUUCCAUAGUGCGUAAUAUACCGACCACGGCUUCACGGUUCCAAUGUUCCAUGAUAUGCAUCUUGGUUGUGGUGCCACCGGGCUGCCAUUCGCUUGCUCUACAGCCAGCCCACACGCGCGCGCGUUGGAUGAUGCGUUCGAACAGAGUGCACUUCCUGCUGCCACAUGAUAUAAGCAUCGACGGUGGUACGGUGUGUACGGCCCGCGUCGUUCGAUCCGCGCUCUUAUUGGUGCAAUUUCAUCAGCCUUUCUGUGCGACGGCACACUGUGGGCGAAAUGUUUCUCGAGCACAACCCAGCCCUGGCCCAGCGCUCAAACGAGGCAAAGGACACUGCCACAACCGCCUCGAAACCACGGCUCGCUGUGUGCCGUCCUCCAUCGCUCCAUAGCGGCUGGUGGAUGAAGCGAGUCAGGCAGGUAACGAGAGAAGAGAGUGUGCUACAACGGCAACGGGAUCACAUGCGUCGUGUGUACACGGUGGAUGGAGGUUAGAGGUUAGAGCAGCAUAAAAUACGAACUCUAUCAUCGGGCGAACCGAGCGGGCAGGGGAAAAGGCAAUAGAUGGCGAAUCCAUCCUUUCCCUCGUGCGUCGGUAUCCAUCCGUUUGAAUCUUCAGCCUUUAUGCUACUGACGAUAGCGCGAGGACGAUGGGCUCGAAACGCAUCUAGCCGCACAUCUGUGCGAGCCUCACAGAAUCUCUUUCCCUGUGCGUGUCCAUGAUCUCGCCAUUGGUGUGUAGCCCAUUGCCCAUUGUACACGAGGGAGUGUGGGAGCACCAUCAACAACAGGCAAACAAAAAAACACCCUGGAUUAGGGAACCAGGACCGGGCCUCAUGUUAAGCGGGGGUACGCAACAAAAACAGGAAAGGACUUGAAGCCUACGGAAGAACGUAAAGCAUCGUGUCUCUUUCCAUCUCGUUUUGUGCGAACAUUGCGAAUGCGAAAUGGCAGGCUUGCGUGGAGAUUGAAAUGGUAAAUGAAAUGAAAAUUUGGUACUUGGUUCCCUGGGACCGGGGCUCGGGUGUGAUGGAAUGGGGCGAAAGCUUUUUUCCCAUCUAUCCUGUGCCGUCCCGCGCUGCAGUCGUUUGUGAAAAUAUGAGUUUUCUAGAAAGCGCUACACCGAGCGCUCGCCAGCCCUUCCGCUUUUUUGUACCAUGUCACGGAAAACCGGAAGGAUUGUCUGUUUGUUGAUGUUGCUGUUCGUCUGAUGUGUGCUGCUUGGGUGGUGGUGUAGAUGGUGGAGAGCCGUACUGUCAUUUGGUUUUUUGUCCUGGUCCAUCGUUCAAAACGCAGACGCAGGUGAGGGAACACUGUGGGCUGUGAAACGAUAUGCCACCGAUGCAUCGGAAUUUUCUCCACUCUAUCUGCGAAUCCACAGGAUCUGUUGUAGAGGCUCUGGGGUUGGACGGGUGGGUGUGUUCGUGGCUCUUCCUGUUCAUGAAGUCGUGGAAUACGUUUUCGUUGGGCGCGCGAGAAUCGAUUGCGAACGUGUGAGGGACAUGUAGGGGAAAGAAUGAAGGAAAGGCACUUUUGUGUGUAUGCGCGUGUGUGUGUAUGUGAGUUUCACAUAGCACGCACUAACACACACACAGACCUUCCUCUCGCGUAUCUUCUGUGCGCCAGUGCGCAUCACGAGGAGGGAGCGCGGGUUCGUUAGAGCGAAACCGUUUCUCGUCGUUCGGUAAAGGUUUGGGAACCCUGGGAAAACAUUUCCCGCAAUAUCACCAACGGGGUUGGUUUCUCUCUUUUUUUUCUGUGUGUGUGUGUACAAAGAUAGCGCAUCGGAGCACCAGUUAGUGUGUGUGUGUGUAUGUCGUACGCACUUUUCCCCCGCUUGGUGUGCCCUGAGUGCUAAGUGAUAGGAGCAAAAGGUCGGGUCGCCAGAUUACGGAUUGAACAAAUUCCAUAACGUUGGCCAAAGGAUUCGUUUACGUCCGGGGGAGGAGGAGAGUUGGGAAGCGGGACGAUCUUCCACCGUGUAGUGGGUGGGGAGGGGGCUCAAUGGCCACAACGCAAACCAUGUGCACAGCGAGAACCACCGGACCGGGUUCGUUGGCGUAACAACAACACGUUUGAAUUGCAGUUGUGGAGGGGGCUGGCAAAGGGAAGGGAGAGCACAACUGCACACGGAAGGAUCGGGCGUUAGUCGGCGGAUGCUGCGGGUUAGCUGUGGGCGGGAAGGAGGAAGGAUACGUUUGUUUCUGCAGAGGGAGAUUUUUGUUUUGCGUGAAAAUCCUGACGGUGUGGUUCGUCGUUCGUCGCCGUGCGGUUUUCCUUUUGUUUCCCUACCCUUCUAGUAUACGUGUGGGAAAAGGGUUUGUGUGGGUGUGUAUGGAUGAACAGGAUUCUCGCAUGGUAGUGGCAUGCUCAGUGUUGCGUAUUUAUACAGUAUUAAUUAUAAAUUUAUCGCUGCAAUCCGAUCUCUCUUGGGCGACCCUCUUUGCAUUUGCCAAAUAAAGUCGACGCUGCGGGAAGGGGUACCACCGUAGAAAGGAAAGAUGUUGAUUGCAGGGCGCACCUUUAGUAUCGCGCUCUGUAUUCAGAGAAUUUCUGUGCUGUUCCUUGUAUUAGAUUUUAAUGCAUUAGAUUAAUUUUGUUGUGUAUUAAAUGAAAACAGAUUGGACCGUUACUCCUGAAUAAAAAAAAAUUAAAACAGGGCUGUACAGGCAUUCCCCGAUAUACUCGAUAUACGUGAUUUUCUUUAUUUGAUAGUUCUUUGAGCAAAUUCUACUGAUUUGACACAUCAAAUGUCAAAUACAAAACAAUUUCCCUUUUGGUGGACUUUUAAAAUCCAUUUUACAAGAUACAUAACUGUAAUCUUUAGUUGAAAUCAGAUCAAAUAACUAAUAUAGUGGCUAAAACCUACCACUUCAAGCAAAAUUAUCGAAAAUUAGCUAUAAUUUGACUUGAAAACCUCGAAAUUCAACUUGCGCUAAUAUUCGAGAUACGUUAUCGCCUGCGGUCCGCAUUAAUGGCGUAUAUCGGGGAAUACCUGUACUAUCAUUUGCAUUAUUAAAUAUUACACAUUACAAAGAAAAACAAGGCUUGUAUUGCGUAUUCUAUAAUCGCAUAUUUGUUAGACAGAUCGAAAUAAAUCCCAAACGAAUCUACACGAAUUUUAAACACGUGUUUGAUUAGGAACUGCGGGUUUGUGUGCUUGCCGGAUGGAUAAUUGAUCCUGCAAGACGUAUCCGCGGAUUAUUAACGAUAGAUGCUGGUAAUCCAGAUGUGUAAAUACUUACAUUUUCUUCUUCUUCUUCGUUUUUCAAGCUAAGUUAAGCAAAAGAAGCUUUUCGCGGUUACCUCUCAAUGAGUGAAAGACAUCCUAACGAUAAAAUCUCUGCAUACACAAUUGUCACUCGAGCAGCGAGGGAUGGUGCGGAACAGCAAACGGAAAUACAAACGAAAUCAUCCCAAAAUGAAAGAGUAAAGAAAGGGAAGACGUCACGGGGAAUUGCCGUAUGACAAGGCGCUGCGCAAUCAAAUCCAAUCAAAUUCGCAUUCAGAGCGAUAGGAAUAAUUUUGAAUAUUAUUUAUUCGAUGCGGCACCGCCACCCGCGUGUUCCUCACGGUGUACAUCAUCGUCGUCUGUGUGUUUGCGCCUGGAUGUCGAUCUGCUGUGCUCCUCUGGGUGGCAAGCCAGAGGGGGUAAGCGGAAAUCUCGCUGAUCGAUGAUGAUGAUGUGCCCAAUGCGUGGCUGGCGGUGGUGGUGUUGCCCCAAUAGAGCAGGAAACGCGGUGGGAAGCGCAUGACGCAGCGCCAAGUAACGGGAUGGAUAUAUUCUGGGAAAUUGUAAAUUUCACCCGUCAGCGUGUGUUUGUGUGUCGGCAAAGUUUGCACGAAAUGUACUCAAAUAUUGGUCCGUGCCUAUCCGUCACUGGCUCGCGCCCGGUCUGUGGGUUGCCCGUUUCCACCGCAACACGGUUCGGGCAGAGAGGUUCGUGCAUAAAAUUCAUCCCUAUUUGAUUGGAUCGACACUCGCGCUUGUGCGCUGUGUGCGAGACCUCACUUGUCGAAUUUAUCGACAUCUUUUCCGAUCCGGAUGAUGUGAUUCGUUUUGCGGGAGGAAACGGUAAGGUGGUGAUGAUGUGUGGAAGGGGCAGCCGCUCGGGAUCACUUUCGUCCGACGGAACCUCAAAAAUCCUCUCGAACGGUGCGGGCAACUCGGAUGCACACAGUUUUGGGGCAACGGUGCAGAAUUUGUACAUUCAUCUUUCAUGUUUCGAUCUGUGCGUUCCUGCUCAACCCCCCACUAUCGUCGUUCUGAUGCAAGCUGCAUAAAUGCAGUUCUAGCAAAUAUUCAAACAUGCAUUCACGUAUGCACCGUGUGUGGGCCUGAAGAGGAAAGGAUUUUGCGGCCACCCGCGCCUGUAUGUGCCAAUCGGAAGUGGAAAUCGAAGCGAAAUGAUUGUGAAAUUAUUAUCAUCAUUCGCACAAAUCGCACUCUCUUCUGCUCUAUAAGGUGCACGGAUCGCAAUAUGAACUGUUGUACACAGUCUCAUACACUCUCAUACACACAAAUACAGCGGCACAUACAUUUGCCGGCAUGAGGGACGCCUAUCAGCUUUCAAUUCCACUUCGAUUUGCUCCGGUGUUUAUCCUCCAUUUGCAUUCCCAUUUGGUUGACCGUCGCAUUCCCACUUCCUCAUGUUAGGGGUGUGUAUGUGUGCGCCUUUGCUGGAACCACCGGAAGUCGCUGCUGCGGUGCAGCAACGGGGGUUUCGAAGGUACGAGCGCAAUGAAGCUGGUUAUAAAUAAAAUAUUUGGAAAAUUAAAUGCAAUUUUCUCCACCCUCCCUCCCUCUCGCUGCAUGAGGAAAAGGAGUGGGACUGUGUGUGCUGGUGGGACAAUCGGGCAGCGUAGUAGUAGUAGGUAGUGGCUGGAUACCAAUCCAUCUAUCGUCCUUUUGGUGCCCGACCAGGUGCCUGACUCGAGUAAACUCUUCCACCUUCACGAUGCAGAUGGGCCAGGGCAAGCAUAUAGCGAACCGAUCCUCGACCUCUCUUCCCAUCUCUCUCUUUCUCUCUCUCUGAUUCCCCUCUCUUUCUCACCACACAACUAGUGUGGUUGAUGUUACGGAAUGAGCAUGCCAGACGGCUGUUAGUUUGCUGACUUUCUGUCCUCAGGCACGGCAGCAGGCGAGAGAAGGAGAUCGUACGGUCGUGCCGGGACUUCAGCAAAAGGUGCAAUUAGACACUCGGUUUUCUACCACCUGCCACCUGCAUCCUGGCAUCCGAUCCGGUCCGUUCGAGUGGUCAGUCGCGCACUCAUGUACGUCGGAUAAAAAUAACAGUCAUUAUCAGCUUUUAUAUGAAAGCUGUGCUACGUCCGGUGUGUGGAUGUUUGCCCGCCUACGUGGCGAUGUGGCAAAUCGUGAAGGUAUUUAAUUGGC